AUGUUAGAGAUCCUUUUAUCCCCUGGCUCUCUUAGCUGGGGGAGAGGGCUUUUGUGCAUUUUUUCUGCAUUCGUUGUUGGACUUAGUGGUGUAGUCCCGCUUCUAUUUCUCCCACUAGAUAGCAUUUGUUCUAGAAAAGAUGUCAUUUCUCUCAAUAGGUGGCUUAGUUAUGCUACUGGAAGUCUUCUUGGUGAAGUUUUUAUCCAUCUUCUGCCAGAAUCCUGGAUUAACAGUGACAUCGACACAUUUCAGAUUCCUGGAUUUUGGAUACUCAGUGGACUUCUGUUGUUUUUUAUUAUCGAGAAGUUAUGUAUUAAUGAUUCUACUGAAAAAGAGGUCGAAGGUUAUCUCAAUCUUGCUGCCAAUAUAAUUGAUAACUUUACUCACGGUGUGGCUAUUGCUGGAAGUUAUCUUGUAUCUCUUCGUUUAGGGAUUUUGACGACUACCUGCAUAUUAGUCCAUGAAGUUCCUCAUGAAAUGGCUGAUUUUGUAAUUUUACUCCGAAGUGGGUUCAGUCGGUGGGAAGCUGCUAAAGCUCAAUUAGCUACAGCAUCUGGAUCUACUUUAGGUGCUAUUCUAACACUUUGUGCUAAUGCUUCAGUAACCGAGAUAGUUUGGAAGUAAUUUGUAAUUCCUCCGCACCAUUUACAAUUUAUGAUCCUUUUAUACUUCAUUUAUUCAAUAACUGCUCUACGAAAAAAUUCAAUAAAUUGAUAAAAUCAGAUUUUAAUCACCAACGUUUUUUAUGACUUUUGCUUUCCGACAUACUGAAUAUUUUGUUUGUCAGGAUUUCGUUGAGCUUACUUGUUUGUAAUUCUGACUCACUGAGAAAAUAAAUGAACGAUAACAUAGGAAAGCUAAUAUAAUUUCUAUUUUUAGUCUACUUAAAGAAUCAUCAUAUAGAUGAACAACUUUCUUCUCCAACUUUUCAUAUCUUUUAGUUGGGACUGUUUAGUAGUUUUAUAAUGACUAAUUAUUAAUCCAUUGUCAACUGUUUGGUAAUCUGCUUCUAAAAUAUUCAGUAAAUAUUCCACUUUUUAAUCCAAUCACAUUUUAUGAGUUAUAUAGUUUAGAAUUCUAAUUCAUGAUACAUUAUUAAUUAGUAGUCUAUGUGUUUGGAUUUAAUCCAUUAGAUUACAACUCAAGCCUUUCUCUCCUAUUCUAGUCUGAAGAGCUGACAAAUAUCACUGAUGUUCACAUUAAUAGGUUUAACGUAAUAUCUUGCGAAGUACAAAACAUCUAAAAGAACUAGAUUAUAUAGUUGAAUAUGCGGCCAAAUGAUGAUAUUCACAGACAGCAAUUUAGCAACUAGUACUGUAGUGAACAAGAACACCAGUGGGGAGAAUCGAAUGUAUUUAACACGAAAUUACAGGACUUGUUAAUAAAAUCUAAUAAUCAUAAAGUAAAUGCUUAAUUUGCAAAAUGUCCACCAAUUGUCUCAAAAUGACCCAGACUUCAUUUUUCUCGCAUUUUCAUACAAAUUUCAUCCUGUUUCAUCCUUUAUUGUUCGAUCCUCUUGUCUUUCUGCUGUCAGACUUUCUGUUCGCGACUAACAUCAUAUACUACUUAUGUCAAUAUAAGUAGUACACACCACAGUACCAUCCGAAUUCUAACAUUCAAAACAUUUCAGUGUCAUUACAUUAA